CACAGCUCAGACUGUUCCCUAUCUCUCAGUUUCACUUCUGAAUGUGCAGGAACAUGCGGUGGCUCCUUGUUCCCACCAUCUUCAUCAUCCCUUGUACGCAACAGCCCACCAGUGCAGCCUGGAGACAAACCUUCAGAAACUGGUGAAGUCCACCAGCGCAAGGAGGUUUGUCACUGGCCAUGCAGAUGUCCGCCUGUGCCAGCCUGCACCCCUGGGGUAAGCUUGGUGAAGGAUGGCUGUGGCUGCUGUAAAGUCUGCGCCAAGCAGUCAGGAGACCCCUGCAAUGAAGCAGACGUCUGUGAUCCCCAUAAAGGUCUCUACUGUGACUACUCGGAAGACGAGCCUAGGUAUGAAAAAGGCGUGUGUGCAUAUCUGGUAGCUGUAGGAUGUGAGCUCAAUGGAGUUUAUUAUCCCAACGGGCAGACCUUCCAGCCUAACCCACUUUAUAAGUGCCUGUGUGUCAGUGGUGCAAUUGGAUGUACACCUGUAUUCACACCGAAACUAGCAGUGAGUCCCUGCACCAGGGUCACGGGCAGAAAGAAGCCUGGACAAUCUAUUUGUGGCCUAGCACAGCACAAGCAGCUUCAAUCAACCAACUACAGACUAAUGUCAGCUUACAGAAGCUUACCGCUAGUCUUGAAGAAAAAGUGCCUUGUACAGGCAACUCCCUGGACACCCUGCUCCAGGACCUGUGGCAUAGGCAUAUCCAGCAGAGUGACCAACGACAACAGAAGAUGUGAGAUGAAAAAAGAAAAGAGAUUAUGCUUCAUCCAGCCAUGUCUGACUAAUAUGCUGAAGAAAAUAAAGAUUUCAAAAGGAAAAACAUGUCAACCAACAUUCCAGCUUCCAAGAGCAGAGAAGCUAGUUUUUUCUGGAUGCUCAACUACUCAAAGCUACAGACUAACUUUCUGUGGGGUGUGCUUGGACAAGAGGUGCUGCAUACCUAAUAAGUCCAAAAUGAUCACUGUACAGUUUGAGUGUCCCAACGAAGGCUUCUUCAAGUGGAAGAUGAUGUGGAUAACGUCGUGCGUAUGCCAGAGGAUUUGCAGUGCUCCAGGAGAUAUGUUUUCGGAACUCAAAGUCCUAUGACAAGUUACACCACUGACUGUAACACACUGACAAUGCAAAAGCACAUUCACACCCCGAGGAGUUAGCAUAACCCUCUGCCACAGCAGUGUUUAUACUGUGGCAGUAUAAACAGUAUAAGCAGUGAAAUAACAUAAGUGAAUACUUACUCAUUUUUUAAAUGUCACUGGAAAACACAAGCAACAGUGCAUCUUUUUAAUGUAACUGUUUUUAUAUGGGGAAAUACACUCUUAAGAAGGAUGCAUGUAACACUAGUACUGUCCAAACAAGAACUUUUGGUAAUUAAGAAAGGCAAAGCAAGACAGCUUCAUGCCUCACUGUAACAAGGUGCUGCCCACAAAAAAAAAAACAAACAUGCUCUAACCUAUUAGAAAAAAUAUUACCCUGUAGUACUUCAUCUAUCCUUCCUGAUUCUUAAAUUAACCUUUUCAACUAUGUAUCUGCAACAGUAAAACACAUCAAUGCUGUUUGAAAAUGAAGAAUUCAACUUUAAACUCAGAUUGCUUUUUGCAGCAGAUAGUGUUCCUCUAGUGUUGUGAAUAUAAACAAUGCACGUGUAAAGGACUAAAAAGUGGGCGGGCAACUGCAGAUAAUAGAUGCAACAUUUCAAGGAAACUACUAUUUUUAGAACAUUUUCUUAAAAAAUGCUCUCCACAAAUGCUAGUACAAUGUUUUAUUGAAUGCUUCUGGACGUGUACAUUGAAAAUUGUGAUUACUUAUACACCCACUCCAACUCUGCUAGAAGGACUUCAAGCUUCAAGAAAUCAUUGUAUUGAUCCAUUCUGAUGUUAAAACAGUCUUGCUGUUUUAAGACAGUUGAGGCUGGUAAGCAACUGGAAAUAGCUGUAUGUUCUAUUUCGUAAAAGUUCUUACUGUAAUAUAAAAAGCUGCUUACCCUGAUAAUUAUAAAUAUUAAAACAUCUAUUUUA